AUGUGCAACUUUAUUAAAAGCAACGUGGAGCAGUGUAAGCUUGCUCGCAACAAAGAGCGAUGCGGCAAGCACGCGAUUAUUAUUGAUCGAGAGGAAAUUAUUGUCGGAGAGACUAAUAUAAUAGAAGAAAUGUCGCCUCAACCAAAUACCCCAGCUAUUGCUGAUGCUGCUCGUACGCCAGCCCCAUUGGCGAUCAAGCCCGUCGAGGUCUCGAAUAUCGAUGUAAGCAAAGUUCCAGAAUUGGAUGAGUCGAUUAUCGCACCGUUCUUCUUCGAGCAGUACAUCGAAACGGGCAAAGUAAAGCAGUUCGACGUAAACGAUACUUUUUUAGACCCCAUGGAUGUCAUCGGAGCAUUCAACGAAUACAAUGCCAGCAAGAACUUGGAUAUUAAAGGAUCGGAAAUGAUAGACAGCAAUGCGUACUUUGGUGGAUAUCGCUAUUGCUUUUACAUUCAAAAAGGCAACAAAACGCUUAGACAUUUCUAUUGUAAGAGCGAACAGAUGAUGAUCAACAUACCAAUCAUGAUUGACGAGCUGAAUGUUGCUCAAAACUGCGUUUCAAAAAAGAUCUACGAUCAUCGUCUAUACGACCUGUGUUGUUUGAUGAAGUGGUCAUGGUUUUAUGACAACAAUAAUACUUGGAACUUAGCAAGUAUGCUAUACAAGAAACAACACGUCGAUCUUGGUCUGAUACGUAAAACUUAUUUGUGUACUCUACAGACAAUGACAGAUCGGUUUGAUCAAGCUGCCGCAUUGAGAGUGUUUAACGAUUGGGAAACGUGUAAGUAUCAUCCUAAAUUGACAGAGUUUUAUAUCAAAUCUAUUGCUGAUGCAGCUAAUCCAAUUGAAUACAACAAGUGGAAAGCAGAAUAUGAACCGAAGGAGAUCAAGGAAAAGAAAGAAAAGAAAUAUAAGAAAGGUGAUGACCUUACUGUUCCUCAUUUUCCGAAGUUUCAUAUCUACUACAAAAAAGGAGAAUUGCCGCCAAUCUUCGAUUGUAAGAACACAGAAACUUUAUCAAGAACAACAUUGCUUACAUCUUGCAAGGCGGAAAUGGAAACCACUUGA